CUUGCCUAGCUGGGGCAAGAAGCAUUGUUAGCAUUGUAUACUACUUAAACAAGGAAUGGUGGAUAUUUUGGCUCCCACUGAUCGCCGCUAACUAUUCCGAUUUUACGAUUAGUAAUGUAUUUGACGAUAAAAGAUGUACAAACAACAGUGAUUGUAUGACCGGUGAAAAAUGUACUCACUUUGAUUUCCUAAAGUGUGAAUGUCUAAAAAUAUUUACCGACUAUGACUGUGGAACCAUAGUUGACCAUCCCAUCAGCCUGUGCAUGAACAGAGGAACCUUGGAAAGUAACCGCUACACGAGUUCUCGCCUACCAGGAUGGACAGGGGUACACUGUGAAACUAAUGUUGAUUGUAAUUCAAACCCUUGUCAGAAUAAUGCUUCAUGUUAUAAUGAUAACAUCACCAAUUUUGUCUGCUACUGUCAACCAGGCUGGACAGGCAUUCUCUGCGAAACAAAUCAAGAGAACCCUGAGAUUGUAGUUUGUCCAAUGAAUAUAACAGUUAACACAACAAAUGGGGAACCAGUUGCUAUCAACGUCACAUGGACGGAGCCAACAGCUACUAAUAACUCUGGAGAGACACCAAAGUCUGACUACACCUCUGGUGACAAUAUGUUUGUGAUUGGUGGUACAACAGUGCAGUACAAUGUAUCAGAUUCAAGUGGUAACUUCAAAGAUAGCUGUAGCUUUACUGUCACUGUUGAAGUUUCUUAG